GAUCCUUUUAAUCAUGUCGGUCUUCGGAGGGAUUCCCUCAAAUGAUGAUCCUCAAGAACACUUCGUGGGACAUGGCCUGGAGGACCCUGACGAAAUAUCGGUUAAAACAAAAGUGGAUGGACUCGAUGACAGCGAGCGCGAGAAGGACAUGGAGGAGGAGAUCGAGGAGAUGGCCCGUCAGCUGACCCGCCAUUCAACCCACUUCUCUUCCACCAAUGCCAAAAACCCCUUCUUCGAAGACGACAAGGAGUCGACCUUGCACCCAGACAGUUCAAAUUUCAGGGUCAAGGAUUGGAUUCGAUCCUUGCUGGCAGCCCAAGCAACCAAUCCCGAUCGAUUUCGACAACGCAAUGCCGGCGUUGCAUUCCAAAACCUGAACGUGCAUGGCUUCGGCAGCCCAACAGACUAUCAGAAGGACGUGUUUAAUUCCGUCUUGGGUAUCGGUAGCCUAGUUCGCCGGGUAGUUGGUUCAGGGCUUCAAAAGGUCCAGAUACUGCAAGGCUUCGAUGGAUUGAUUCGGAGCGGCGAGAUGCUGCUUGUUCUCGGUCGCCCGGGCAGUGGCUGUUCGACCUUCUUGAAAACCAUUGCGGGAGAGAUGAAUGGAAUCCACCUCAGCGAUGACAGCUAUCUGAACUAUCAAGGUAUCUCUGCCAAAGCGAUGCAAGGCCAGUUUCGUGGAGAGGCAAUCUUCAGCGCUGAGAACGACGUGCAUUUCCCACAGCUCUCCGUGGGUGAUACUUUGACCUUUUCUGCCCAGGCGAGAGCACCUCGCACUCGCUUCCACGGUGUUUCUAGACAUGAGUAUGCCAGCCAUGUCCGCGAUGUGGUCAUGACAAUGCUGGGUCUACGCCAUACAUUCAACACCCGGGUGGGAAAUGACUUUAUUCGAGGUGUCAGCGGCGGAGAGCGUAAACGAGUGAGUAUUGCAGAGGCCAUGCUCAGUGGAGCUCCUCUCCAGUGCUGGGACAAUAGCACACGAGGUCUAGACAGUGCCAAUGCAUUGGAAUUUUGCAAGAAUCUGCGGUUGAUGAGUCGAUAUGCUGAGACAACCGCAUGUGUGGCCAUAUACCAGGCGUCACAGAAUGCGUACGAUACAUUCGACAAGGUAGUCGUUCUAUAUGAGGGUCGUCAAAUCUAUUUCGGCCCAACGACGGAGGCCCGUCAGUUUUUCACAGAGAUGGGCUACAAAUGUCCAGAACGUCAAACCACCGCCGAUUUCCUGACUUCGCUCACCAGCCCCAGUGAGCGGAGAGUGAGGCCUGGGUAUGAAGACAAGGUGCCUCGAACACCGGAUGAGUUCGCCCAAGCAUGGCUCAAUAGUCAGGCUCGGAAUCGCCUGAUGAGCGAGAUCGAUGCCUUUGAAAAAGAACACCCGGUUGGAGGAGACUCGUACACCAAGUUCGUCGAGGCACGGCGUUUGAUGCAAUCUAAGCAACAACGAAUCAAAUCGCCGUAUACACUAUCGAUUGUCGAGCAGAUUAAUUUAUGCCUGGUGCGCGGCUUUCAGCGUCUCAAAGGGGACGCCAGUCUCACUCUCACGGCAUUAUUCGGCAACUUCUUCAUCUCAUUGAUCAUUGGAAGUGUUUUUUAUAAUCUCCCGAAAACCACCGACAGCUUCUACUCCCGGGGUGUUUUACUUUUCUAUGCGGUCCUGCUAAGUGCGUUUAGUAGUGCUCUUGAGAUUUUGAUUCUAUAUGCACAGCGCCCUAUUGUCGAAAAGCAGUCCCGGUUUGCGUUCUAUCAUCCGUUCACCGAGGCCUUUGCCUCCAUGCUUUGUGAUAUGCCCUAUAAGCUUCUCAAUUCGUUCACAUUCAAUAUUCCAUUGUACUUUCUUGGCAACUUGCGUCGUGAAGCAGGGGCCUUUUUUACAUUUUGGAUCUUUUCCCUGAUUACCACAUUGACCAUGUCUAUGAUCUUCCGGACGUUUGGAGCUACAUCUCGAUCAUUGGCCCAAGCCCUUGUUCCGGCGGCACUUUUAAUUCUGGGUCUAGUGAUUUAUACUGGGUUUAUCAUUCCGACAAGAGACAUGCUUGGCUGGUCACGAUGGAUGAACUACCUGGACCCCAUCGCGUAUGCUUUUGAGGCCUUCAUGAUCAACGAGUUUUCCGGUCGAAAUUUCACCUGUACCUCGUUCGUUCCAUCGGGACCUGGCUAUGAAAACGUACCACAAGAGAACAAGAUAUGCAACGCUGUUUCGUCAAGUCAGGGAGACUUGGUGAUCCAUGGAGAAGCCUACCUAAACACAGCAUACUCUUACAGUCAUGGCCAUCUCUGGCGCAAUUUUGGCAUUAUUAUCGCCUUUUUGAUCUUCUUCAUGUGCACUUACCUAUUAGCCACCGAAUUCAUCAGUGAAGCCAUGUCGAAAGGAGAAGUAUUGGUUUUCCGCCGUGGUCAUCAACCCAAACAGACCCAAGAUAUCGAGGUCCCGUCAGAAACGAAAAAUGAGCAGAGUCAGCCCAGGGAUGGUGACGUUGGUAUCCAGCGACAGACUGCUAUCUUCCAAUGGCAGGAUCUAUGUUAUGACAUUAAAAUUAAAGGGGAGCCCCGACGUAUCCUUGACCAUGUCAAUGGAUGGGUGAAACCUGGGACGGCUACCGCGUUGAUGGGUGUUUCUGGUGCCGGAAAAACGACUCUUCUUGAUGUACUCGCAACCAGGGUCACCAUGGGUGUGGUCACAGGCGAGGUCUUGGUAGAUGGUCGCCCCCGGGAUGAUUCGUUUCAGCGCAAAACCGGCUACGUUCAACAGCAAGAUGUUCAUCUACCAACAUCGACAGUCCGUGAAGCUCUUCAAUUUAGUGCUUUGCUCAGACAGCCAGCCCAUGUUAGUCGUGAGGAAAAGCUCGCCUAUGUUGAAGAAGUUUUGGAUCUUCUAGGCAUGCAGUCGUAUGCAGGUGCUGUGGUUGGUGUACCAGGACAGGGUCUCAAUGUCGAGCAGCGAAAACGAUUGACAAUUGGUGUUGAGCUUGCUGCUAAGCCCCAGUUGCUUCUUUUCCUUGACGAGCCGACUUCAGGCUUAGAUAGUCAAACAUCAUGGUCCAUUCUUGACCUUAUGGAAACUCUCACAAAGCAUGGACAAGCCAUUCUAUGUACAAUUCACCAGCCCUCCGCAAUGCUCUUUCAGCGCUUUGACCGGUUACUAUUCCUCGCCAAAGGGGGCCGAACGGUCUAUUUUGGACAGAUUGGGGAGAACUCUUCGAUUCUUGCUGACUAUUUCAUGCGCAAUGGGGGAACCCCUCUAAGGGCAGACGAAAAUCCCGCGGAAUGGAUGUUAGAUGUCAUCGGUGCAGCACCAGGCUCACAUAGUGAGAUUGACUGGCCAGUGGUGUGGGCAAACAGCCCAGAGAAGCAGGCUGUGAGUGACCAUCUGGCAGAGCUAAAAUCGACUCUCUCUGCAACGCCAAAGGAAGCAUCAGGGAAAGAUGAGUACAGGGAGUUUGCUUCAACGACUGUUACCCAGAUGCGGGAAUGCUUGUCUCGAGUUUUCUCUCAAUACUGGCGCACUCCAUCCUACAUCUACUCGAAACUUGCCCUGUCAACAUUGACUGCCUUGUAUAACGGGUUCUCUUUCUUCAAGGCUAAGAAUUCUCAACAUGGCUUGCAGAACCAGAUGUUUAGCAUUUUCAUGCUCAUGACAGUCUUCGGCAAUUUGGUCCAACAAAUCAUGCCUAACUUUGUGAUCCAGCGCUCAAUUUACGAAGUACGUGAGCGUCCAUCCAAGAUGUAUUCCUGGCGUGUUUUCAUGGGUGCGAAUAUCAUUGUAGAACUGCCCUGGAAUUUUCUCGUGGCCGUCCUCAUGUUCUUCUGCUGGUAUUAUCCAGUAGGCCUUUACCACAAUGCUGAACCGACAGGUGCGGUGCAUGAGCGCGGUGCUCUGAUGUUUCUGCUCCUGCUUACCUUCCUAUGGUUCACAUCGACUUUUACUCACAUGGUAAUUGCGGGUGUGGAAAAUUCAGAAACAGGAGGUAACAUUGCCAAUCUUUUGUUUGCUCUCUUGCUGCUCUUCUGCGGUGUCGUCGCAACACCACAAGCCAUGCCAGGUUUCUGGAUAUUCAUGUAUCGCCUCUCGCCCUUUACAUAUCUCGUGUCAGCCAUGCUAUCUACUGCUGUCAGCGGCACCGACGUGACCUGUGCCUCCAUUGAGACGCUCCAGGUUGACCCGCCCACUCAGCAGACAUGCUCUCAGUAUCUGGACUCAUUCGUCACGAUCAAUGGAGGGUACAUUCAGAAUCCGAAUGCGACCAGCCAGUGCGAAUACUGCCCUAUUGCAAAGACUGAUGUCUUCUUGGCCUCUGUUAACAGUCACUGGGACGAUGCGUGGAGGAACUUCGGCCUGAUGUGGGUAUACAUUGCGUUUAAUAUUGCCGCGGCUGUGGGAGUAUAUUGGCUGGCUCGUGUGCCCAAGGGCAGUCGGAUGAAGGGCUCAUCUUGAUCACAAUAUUAAAGUGCCUUCUCAAGGACUGAUGUUGUGUAUUAUCCAAUAUUGGGGGUUAGGGGAUGCUACAGCUUUCUUUCAAUUAUAUCUAUAGCGUCAUUUGUUGGCUGUUAUCUCAGAAUGUUCCAUAGUACAGCUUAUACUUCUAUAUAGUGAUUUCACCAGCUCUGGUUUAGUACAUAAUAAAGCACAUAUUCCAG